CUUCAGCCGCCGCCGCAGUUCCUGGGGCGCCACAUGGACCCGGCCAGCCCGAGCGCGCCCCGCCGCUGACCGUCCGCACGCCGCCCGCGCCCCGGCCCAGGGAAGGCACAGGACUUCACCGCACUCGAGUGUGAGUUCAGACCCUCUGAGGAGCCAUCGUCAUGGAGUUUGUGAUGAAGCAGGCCCUGGGAGGGGCCACCAAGGACAUGGGGAAGAUGCUCGGGGGUGAGGAGGAGAAGGACCCUGACGCCGCCAAGAAGGAGGAGGAGCGGCAGGAAGCCCUGCGGCAAGAGGAGGAGGAGCGCAAGGCCAAGUACGCCAAGAUGGAGGCGGAGCGUGAGGCCAUGCGUCAGGGCAUCCGAGACAAGUACGGAAUCAAGAAAAAGGAGGAGCGCGAGGCAGAGGCCCAGGCUGCCAUGGAGGCCAACUCGGAGGGCAGCCUGACGCGGCCCAAGAAGGCCAUCCCACCAGGCUGCGGGGACGAGCCAGAGGCGGAGGACGAGAGCAUCCUGGACACGGUCAUCAAGUACCUGCCGGGGCCGCUGCAGGACAUGUUCAAGAAGUAAUGCCCGCCGCGCCCGAGCCCCGCCCCGCCCUCCCCCACCCCCUGCCCGAGCCCCUCGGAGGCCCCUG